UCAGUUGUUCAGUCAGGUGGGGCUCUCAGUGGCCCUCUGAACCACAGCUAUCCAUAGGGCAUAUUUUCUUGGCAAUAUUGUUUGCUUGUGGAAACGGUUGCUAUGGGUAUGUGCAUUUGUGUAUGCUUAUCUCACUGAGUUGCCGUGAGGAAAAGGCUUUGUAAACAUUUUAAACAAUAUAGAGACAUGUGAGUUGUGAUGUGAAAUGUGUCUGAGUGUGCAGGGGGACCAUAUGUGUAUCCUUAGCUAAUGGCUAUAAGGGAGACUUUGGACGAGUAUGCUUGUGUAACCAAAGUACUUAAGGAAGACUGUUAGGUGUGCCAGUUGCGCAAAUUGUGUUUGAAGGCUAGAAAAGAUUACUGGUCCACUAACAAUGCCUAUUUACCUCCUCAGCUGGUAUGCUUGUAGUGAGUUGGAUCCAGGUCCCUUUAUGAGAAUGGAGAUCCCAGACACUCAGACCAAAGGGACACUUCAUCUCCUUCUAACCCUACUUCCGCUGCCCUCCUCUUCCUAGUUCACUCUCCCAGGGCCCGCUUGCAGGGAGUGCUAGCCAACACCGCAGGCCAGGACGGGUGGAGCAAGAAGGGUCCCUGUCUCCGCCAGGGCCACACCCCGCCUGGCGGGGCGUCUUGCUCUCACGCCCACGCAGCCGCCGCUGCCCGGGUCGGAACAGCUUCUACCGGGCUGGCAGGCGCACACGCGCAGUGUUCCUUUAGAGCCAGCGGGGCUCCCAGAGCGUCUCCUCCGUACUCAGCAGGCAGCCGAGGCAGCUUAGGGACCGGGACACGGGCUGCCAGGCAAGGAGCCAGAAUGGAUCCCAAUUCCCGUGGAGCCCUGGACCGACAGCAGCUCCGCCUUCGAGAUCGACAGAAAUUCUUUGAGGAAGUUUUCCAGCCAGAUUCAGAAUUCUUCUUCCCUCUAUCCCAUCUUCACCUUGAGUCCAGGAGACCUCCCAUCGGCAGCAUCUCUUCCAUGGAAGUGAAUGUGGAUACCCUGGAGCAGCCUGAAUUGAUUGACUUUGGGGACCCGGAUGCUUCCGAUGUGUUCCUGCCCUGUGAGGAGCUCCCACCAACUCCACAGCCACCUACUGUAUCUGGUGUGGGUGACCACCCAGAAGAGCUGAACCUGCCGAUGCCCCCGUCAGACAGGACCAUGUCAAGGACCUCCUCUUCCUCUUCUUCCACUGAACUUAAUAGCCCAGACCUGCUCGGAGAUGGUGUGGACACACCUUUGGCACAGUCUGAUGAGGAAGAUGGUGGUGCAGAGCCUGCAGCGUGCAGCUAGCAGCGGGUGCUUCCUUUUGGACUGAACCAUGUGGGGCCUGGUCACCUCCUUUUAGGACUCCAGCCCCUGCUUGGAGCCUUUGGAGAGAAGGCCAGUCCCUUCCCGAGCAGUUGGCACUAGAAGAUGACGAGGACGACAAACCCUUCCAGAAAUUAACUCUCUCCUGCUUUUCUGCUAAUGCUUGCCAGCCUCCACUGCAUCUAUCCAACUCCUGACGUAUGUAGGCAGCACUUGAAUUAGGGGGAUGUGGGCAAGGUGGAAGGUAAGGUGGGGCACCUCCAUGCCACGUUUCAGAGGGGCCACCCAAACCAUCCCACUCUGUUUAGUGGACUUGACCAAGAGGACUUGUGGUUGUAAAUAUGCCACCCCACUUCCUUCCUUCUCUCUGUGAAAUGCUCCAAACCAUCUCUCGCUCUCCUUUAUUCUCCUACUGAAAUGCUGUCAGCCGUCCUGCUUUCUGAUUUCUCUGACUUUUAUGCUUCUCUAAGCUUCCCACCCUGUUGAAAAGCCCCCCUAAACCAUCCCGACCUGACUCUUUGUGUCUCUUUAAGCACAGCCGGUGGGGUCCAGGAUGGCCACUUCCUAGUCUUAGCGACAGGCCUGCUCUUACCCCGAAGAGUCAGAGCUCGGCGUCUGCGGAAGGGUGGCGCGUUUGGCCAAAGCUUAGCCGCCCCUCCUGGCUCCGGGAAGGUUGGGACCUGGAUCCUUGGUCCCCAGCCCGCAAACCUUGGUGCUGAGACCAUCUACUGUGCAGCCAGUGGGGCAGGCUCCGCAGUUCUGUUUCUCGUGGCCCUGAACUCCUUUGGGGGGCGCCUGCAGAGGCAGUCUCUCCUCUCCAGCGGGCCACUGUUGUUUUCUCAGCACACAGCAGGGCCAGCGCCUGUGCUCUGAUGAGGGCCCUGCAAUGACAGGAUCUAGAACGACAAGGCCCUUGAGGCCACUCGGUCCAACUCCUUUAUUUUACAGAUGGAGAAAUGGAAGCCCAGAGCCAUUAAAAUGACUUGUUCAAGGCUACUCAGGUAGUAAGUAGUAGGGGCGUACCUUGUCCCAGGCAGGUAGUAGUGAGCUCGGUGCCCAGUGCCGCACAGCUUCCGCUCCACCGCUCAGCUUUGGUGCCUCCCCCUGCUGCCAUUUGCCGUGGGGUUCCCCUUGUGGAUGGCCAGAGGCCAGUGUGUGUGGUCCAGGGGUUAAUAAAUCUUUUGAUUCUGGCAGACAUGUGCUAUCAUUAACCCUCUGAGGGGGUGAGGGAGUGUGUGUCUGGGUAGAGGCAUCGGUCACUCCCUAGUGCUAUGGGAAUGUUGAUGGGUUUAUGGGGCCCUUUUGGGUGCAUGAGUUCGAGUCUAGCUUCUAGUACAAAGGGAGGUAACCUUCCUGCUGUCUUCUGCCUUGAUCAGAACCCUCUUGGAGUAUUGUGUCCAGUUUAAGAGGUCCCAUUUUGGAAGGAUAUAAACAAGGAAGCAUGGCACAAAGGAUAAAAGACCACUUUGGCGUAAAAGAGACUUGGGGUUCUAUGGGGCAGCUAGGCGGCACAGUGGAUAGAGCACUGGGUCUGGAGGCAGGAGGACCUGGCCUUAGGUACUUCCUAGCUGUGUGACCCUGGGCAAGUCACUUAACCCAGAUUGCCUAGCCCUUGCCAUCCUUCUGCCUUGGAACUGAUUCUUAGCUUCUGUCCUAAGACAGAAGGUAAGGGUUUAAAUAAAGAAAAAAGACUGAAAUCCAAUCCAACCUUCUUCAGAGGACUUUCUACUAACACAGAAGGCAAAGGUUUAAAAAAAAAAAGAUACAAAUUCCAGUCCUGCUUCUGGCAGAUAUUCCCACAUGCAAGUUAAUUUACUUCUCCAGGUAAAUCUCUAAGAACUUAAAUUACAGACAAGUUACUGGUUUGCACUAAUGGAAGGAAUAUCUACACUAAUUAGUAAGCAGUUAGGUGGCACAAUAGUGUACAGAGUGCUGGGCCUGGAAUCAGGAAGUCCUGAGUUCAGAUGCGACCUCAGACACUUCCUAACUCUGUGACCUUGGGUAAGUAAUAUUUAACCUCUGUCUGCCUUAGUUUGCUUAACUAUAAAAUGGGGAUAAUAAUAGCACCUAUCUUCUAGGGAAGUUGUGAGGAUCAAAUGAGAUGAUACUUGUAAAAAAGUGCUUAAUGUAGCUUGGCACAUAGUAGAUGCUAUUAUAAAUGCUAUCUAUGAUGAUGAUGAUGAUGUUGAUGAAGAAAUCACAGAUCUAGAUAAAAAAAAAAAGCUAGAGCAUACCCAGAGCUUUUAAUCCUGUAAAAGAUUGGCCAUAGGGAGGAAGUAAUUGAUUACUGCUUUGUAAUCGGUAAUUGGUCCCAAAGGGCAAAAACAGGACCAAAUAUAGGGUAGAAGUUAGGUAGAUUUUUGUUUUUAAAUCAGAAAAAAUUUAACAAUUGGAGCUGUCAGAGAAAUUCCAAGAAGCUCCCUUAGGAGAGAAUGAGUUCCCCGUUGACAGAGGAAUUUCAAUAUUGCAAUGUUUUGGAAUGGGAUUGGUUUAAAUCAGAGAUUUAUAAUGUUAGAGCUAGAAAGGACCUUAGAAAUUAUUUAAUUUAAUUAAAAAAUUAUUCAGUUCAGUCUAGUUGGAAACUAGAAAUUGGGGCCUCAGACUAAAUUGACUUGCCCAAUACCAAACAACUGGUAAAUCUAAGAACUGGAACAUAAACCUAGGUUUUCUGACUUCAAAUUCCAGUCCCCCCCCCCACACACACACAUUCUGCCUUCUAGAUUCAUACCUCCAGGUUUCCUUUUAGCUUUAAGUUCCUAUAAAGAAUUAAAUUCCUAUGAGAAGCUUUUAUGUUUGUGGUGCCAAAGGGCAUCUCUAAUGCUGAGCUGAUCAUGUAGCCCCUGGUAACCAGAGAGAUUCUGAUCUCAACUGGGACCAGACCACAGGGUAGCUGAAACUGUCACCCACUUCCUGGCCAGGGACAAUGGGCUAAUCCUGUGCCAAACCACAAGGGAUUGGCUUGCCAUCAAGAGUCUGUGCCCAGACCAGCCUGGGUUUCUGGACCACAUAAUGCUCUCCCAGGGACAGGAUGGUUUGGAAUGAUUUCAUGGGACACUGAACUCAGACCCUACCCAGCUCCUCUCACCCCGUCACCUCAAUGGCUGCUCUAUUGUUUUUCACGGUUUUGUAAGGGUUGGAUGACAACUCUUCCCAAGUUCCUGGCACCCAAUGAGGGGCAGGAGCUCGCUGAUCCUCACAGUGUUUCUUGGGUCUGGAGGAAGGAGGAUGAGUCACCACUUGGAGGAAAAUCUCUUAAGGGAGAAGGCUUAUAUCUGAGACAGUAAAGAAAUGAAUAUGACAGGAGAAAAGCAGCUCCCUAGGAUUUUUACCCUCAUACUGAUCUCAGGCUCAGGGCAAUGGAGGCCGUUCGUGGUCCUUUGGGUUCAGUGUUUUAUAAGACAACCCGUGCUUUAGUGGGUGAGGAGUUAUACUCAGUUUCCAGUGUUCUGCUUUUCAUCAUUUAAGCAAUUUAUAGGAUCAUAGCAUUAAGUCCCUGGAAGGGACUCUGUAUACACUCUCACUUAGGUAUUCUUAACUUGGGGUCCAUGUACCUACCUCCAAGGGGUUCAUGGAGAGUUUCAGGAAAUCUAUGAACUUGGUUGGAUAAGAAAAAAAAUUACACCUUUAUUUUCUCUAACUGCUAACUAAAAGUUAGCAUCUCCUUAAAUUAUUUUGAGACAUUAUUCUGAGAAAGGGACUGUCAGGGAUCACCAGAGUGCCCAAGGUGGGGCCGGUCUGGGACUUGAAAAAGGUUAAGAAUUGUGUAUUUUCUCUUUUAUAAAUAAUUCAUGGAUAUAUUUUGUUUUGACUCAAUAGAAUUGAAUUCCCUGAAAUAUUUUAUCAAUUGUUAAUUGAAAGGAGGGAGGUAUCCUAACUUUGGCAGUAGGGUCUAAUGUUGAUAAUUUAAAAUGUAUUUGACUAAAGUUCUGUUAACUUCAUUUGGUUUUGCCAUUGUGUAUAUAACUCUUUUGACCCUUCUUUCUUCACUUUGUAUUACUUAUAAAAAUCUUCCUAUGUUUCUCCAAA